AUGCCUCCGUCAACGAACAUCCUGAUAUACCUGCUUCGGCACGACUUGCGUGUGUCUGACAACCCAAUUCUUCACCACUUGGCUACUUGCAAAGAUCACGGCUUUACCCAUCUUUUGCCCGUUUAUGUCUUCCCGGCGCAUCAAAUCGAAACUUCGGGGUUCAUUCGCGAUGGAAGUAAAUCUCCGUAUCCAGAGGCCAGGAGUCAGGUCGGUAGCUUCUGGCGAUGCGGUCCGCACCGCGCCAAGUUUAUUGCGCAAUCCGUCUGGAAUCUCCAAGAGUCUUUCCAGGGUCUUGGCAGCGGACUCUGUCUCCGUGCCGGCAGGUUUGACGACGUCUUGAAUGGCCUCCUCAAGGGGCUUAGCGAAAAACAGCAAACCGUCGGCGCCGUUUGGAUGACCCUGGAAGAUGCGGUGGAGGAGAAAAGAGACGAGAAGGCUGUCUCCUCGAUUUGCUCGGAGAACAACAUCGAGUUUAAGCUGUGGCAAGACGAGAAGUACUUCGUUGACGAUCGCGACACCGAACUGGAAAAUGCACACGAUUUGCCGGACAUUUUCACAACAUACCGCAAAACUCAAGAACCUCUGAGGGAGCGGCCCAGGCCAACAUUGCCUAAGCCUAGCAAUGGCUCUCUGCCGCCGUACCCCAGCGAUGAUGUGGUGCCUGUUCAAGAGAAGCCCUUUGAGAUGCCUGCAACAUACGAAGAACUCGAAGCAGCAUUACUGAAGCCUGUCAAGGAUGUUCUAGACGACGCUCCGGAGUACCCGUCGGAGGCCACUUCUGUACACCCGCUGAAGGGUGGUGAGGUGGAUGCGCUCCAGCGUGUCGAUCACCUGAUCAAGUCUUGUUCCAUGUCCAACUACAAGAAUACCAGAAACGGCCUCUUGGGAGUUGACUUUAGCACCAAGCUAUCUGGGUACCUGGCUCUCGGUUGUCUGACGGCGAGGCAGGUGCACGAGGAGAUGGUGAAAUACGAGGACGGCCAAGGCCUCGAGUAUAAGGAAAUUGAAGGUUUCGGCAAUGGCGAGAACGAAGGCACCAAGGCUGUUCGAUUUGAACUCCUCUGGCGCGACUACAUGCGUCUUUGUACCAGAAAGUUCGGACAUCGCCUGUUCCGUGCCGAGGGAUUCCGGGACGAUCGGAAGCCGAUCCAGUGGAAGACGGCGAAGCAGCCAGAGAUUGCCGAGAUUCUCAAGCGCUUCCUCGCCGGUACAACAGGCAUGGGAUUCAUCGAUGCGUCUCAGCGUGAGCUUCUGCACACUGGGUAUACCUCGAAUCGCGCAAGGCAAAAUGUGGCAAGCUUUUUGGCCAAGCACUUGGGAAUCGACUGGCGAUACGGUGCAGAAUGGUACGAGUGCAUGCUGAUCGACUACGACGUCAGUUCCAACUGGUCCAACUGGCAGUACGUCGCCGGAGUGGGCAACGAUCCACGCGGCGAGGCACGCAUCUUCAACCCAGUCAAGCAAGCGUUCGACUAUGACAAGCAGGGCGAGUACGUGAAGGCCUGGGUACCUGAGACUCGCAAGUUGGAGAAGCUGGAAAACGCCUUCCAAUUAUGGACGACAUCCAAGGAGGAGUUGCAUAAGCUCGGUUUGCAAGACAACCAAAUGGUCAAGGACCCCGUCAAAAGGAUAAACUUUUCGGUGGAGGGCAAGCCUAAGGGAUCUAGGAAGCCGUUCCAGCGCCGUCGAGGACGUGGUGGAGGUGGCGGUGCCGGCGGCGGCCGCGGCGGUUCUGGCGGCAACGGCCAUCAGGGCAAUGGCCAUGCGGGCGGCGGUGGCCAUCCCGGGGAUUACGGCAACCACUCCCACUACAGCCAUGAACCAUCCUCUCCGCAGACCAUGCGCUCCCAUGACAACCACAUGGGUUACCACGGUCAGGGUUACCCAGGAUACAACGGCCAGGGCUACCAAGUAAACGGUGGUUAUCGCGGCGGCUACCGAAACGGUCGGGGCCGUGGUGGCGGGGGUUAUCGCGGAGGGCGCGGUGGUUACCAAGGAGGCGGCGGGGGCGAGUCGUACCCUGUCGCAAACGGGUACGGCUACCUCCCCAUGGACCAAGUUAGACCGCACUGGACGACGACGAACCCUGGGUACCAGUCGUGA